AUGGUUAGCUCUGCUAAGGAAAGCUACCUCGUCAUUGGCGGCAGUGGUUUCCUCGGUCGGCACAUCGUAGAUGCUCUCCUGGCGCGCAAUGACACCGUAGCUGUCUUCGACAUCGUCCAGAGGUAUCACGACGUGCCGUUUUACUCAGGGGACAUUAGCGAAGAAGAGCAGGUUGGUGAGGCUCUACGCAAGUGUGGGGCGACCUGUAUAAUCCAUACCGCAUCCCCUCCUCAUGGUAUGGACGACCCGGCCCUCUACUGGAGGGUCAACGUGGAUGGUACUAGAGCUGUCAUCUCGGCCGCGGUUGCUCACCACGUCUCGAAGCUGGUCUACACUAGUACUGCUGGUGUAGUUUUUAACGGGGAGUACGAUCUCAUUGGCGUUGACGAACGCAUGCCACUCCCGGAGAAAGCAAUGGACGCAUAUAACGAGUCAAAAGCUAAAGCCGAGAAGCUUGUGCUUGAGGCUAAUGGUAAGGAUGGCUUAUACACCGUUUCACUGCGCGUCGCGGGACUAUUUGGCCCUGGAGACAAGCAGGCGAUGAUUGGUCUCUACGACGUGUACAAGGCUGGCCAGACCCACUACCAGAUUGGCGACAACACCAACCUGUUCGACUGGACGUACGUCGGGAACGCAGCACACGCGCAUGUGCUUGCCGCAGACCGUUUGCGCCCUUUGACAUCUGACGAGGUGGCAAAGCUCAAAGAGGACCUGAAAGUUGCCCUUCCCUAUGUAAACUGCACUAUGGGUGCUCAACACAUCCCCUCCUCUGCGUCUCGUCCAUUAGGACCAUACGUAAUCCCGCCACCAGACGCAGAGCAGAUCACUGCGCGAUGGAACGACCCUAAUUACCAAAGUGCGGUCCGACCUGCCGUUCGCGGGCGAUUCGACCAGCUGUCUGAGAGCGCACUUGCGCGGGAGAAUGACGCGCCUUUGCAGGUCGCCGGCCAGGUAUUCUUUAUCACGAACGGGGAACCGAUGCCCUUCUGGGACGUCCCCCGGGCCGCAUGGCACUUCUUCGACAAGGCUUUUGGCACCACCAAGUCUAGCCGCUCUAUUGUUCACUUCCCAAGAGAGAUUGGGAUGGUACUUGCCUAUGGUGCAGAAUGGGCUUCGUGGCUAUUGGGUAGGAAACCCACUUUCACGAGAUUCAGGGUGAAAUUCAGUUGCAUGUCGCGAUACCACAACAUCGAAAAGGCGCGGCGAGUGCUUGGCUAUGAGCCCCAGUUGGGCAUGGAAGAGGCACUAAAGAAAACACUGGAGUGGUUCGUGGCAGAUUUACGGAAGUCGAAUAAGGCAUAA